AUGUCACAAAAGGAAAACCUGCUCGAUAGUCCAGUCGAAUUCUUAAAAGAGGUGAGAGAAAGUUUUAAUAUACAACAAGAUGUUGAUGCCAUGAGGAGAAUACGUCACGACCUUGAUAUUAUAAGAGAGGAAAGUGAAGCGAAAAUUGCUGAUGAAAAAUCAACGGUAUCUGAGUCAAACAGGAAGUUGAACGCAGAGAGGAUAAAUGUUGCCAAAUUGGAGGGUGACUUAGAAUAUACUAAUGAAGAGGGCAACGAGUUUGGCAGUAGAGACGAUUUAGUGAAACUUUUUAAGGAUUUGGACGGUUUAGAACGUAAUAUUGUAUCGCUUCGAAGUGAAUUGGAUGAAAAAAUGAAGCUGUACAUUAAAGACAGUGAGAUAGUAUCCACGUCGGACGGAUCCGAAAUAAAUCCAAGAAUGAUUGAAUCCGAGAUGGAAGAUCAAAGCGGCAUUACCUCAGAAGCAAAUGAAAACAUUCUAAAAUUGAAACUGUACAGGUCACUCGGGGUUAUUUUGGAUUUGGAGAAUAAUCAAGUCCUCAUCAGUAGAAAGAAUGACGGUAAUAUCGACGUACUACCCUUGGAUGACAGUCUUAGUGACUACUAUAAGACCAAGUAUAUAUGGGAAAGGUUGGGAAAGUGA